GUUCUUCCCCUUCAGAAGUGAUAGUGAAUCAGUGUGGACUGUGGAGGGAUACAGUUCUCUUCUGUGUCUCUCUCUAUCUCUUUCUCAAUGGCUUCUUCGUCUUCUUCAUCUGCGGUAUUGGAACGAAGGGGUAUUCCCGGAGCUUCAUUCGUUGAAGAUGUUCAGACUUAUCUCACACAAUUAGGCUUAGAUGUAAACUCCACCCUCGCAUUUCUUCAAGAAAGGCUUCAGCAAUACAAAUUGGUUGAGAUGAAGCUUCUUGCCCAGAAGAGGGAUCUUCAGGCAAAGAUACCCGACAUUGAGAAGUGCUUAGACAUAGUUGUCGCUUUACAAGCUAAGGAGGGUACUGGUGAGGCGCUGAUCACUGAUUUUGAAGUAUCAGAGGGCAUAUACUCUCGGGCACGUAUAGAGGAUUCUGGUUCCAUUUGUUUAUGGCUGGGAGCAAACGUUAUGUUGGAGUAUUCAUGUGAAGAGGCCGUUUCUCUUCUACAAAAGAAUCUAGAAAAUGCUAGAGCUAGUUUAGAAGUCCUUGUUGGUGAUCUACAAUUCCUGAGGGAUCAAGUGACAGUAGCCCAGGUCACAAUUGCUCGUGUGUAUAAUUGGGAUGUUCAUCAGCGCAGAAGUAGGCAAACUGUUGCUGCUGCCAACACAGAGUCCUGAAGCCUGUCCUUCGCCUAGAUACCUACAAAUUUAGGGGAGGGAAUUUUGGCUUUUCUAAGCUGAAAGUAUGUUGAUCCAUUUAAUUGCUAUUUUCGUAAAGCGAUGCUUUGAAAGGCUUAUCUAUCCCUCUAUGAAGUUGAUUGAGAUAUCUGUUUAAUGGGUCUCAGUCUCUUCUUUUCUUUUUUCUUUUUUUUUUUUUUGGGGGUUGGUGGUGGGGGUUGGUGUGGGGGUGUGGAAAGAAGAGGAUAAUUCGGCUUUGGUUUGUGUGGUUUUCUGGUCCCGAAGUCCUCUGAGUGGAGAGAUCUAUUGUGACAUUAGAACUGGUUUUGUUAUAAUAGAUUGGGCUUGAACUGAACUCCAUUGUACCAAUUACUGCCAAAGUUUAAUUUUAAAUGGGAAUGUGAAUGGAUGGAUGUGUAUACAUGCUUUCAAGUA